UUCAAUAACAUCUUCUGCUGAGCAAGUUCACCAAGAGAAUAAAACAAUCUCAUUUUCAUCACAAUAAUACAUCCUCUUCAGCAUUGCCGUCACUGCCUGCAAACCAGCUCUUACAACAAUGUCCACUCCAAGCCCCAUAUUCCCCGCAUCCCUGCUGUCUAGCGAUGCCGCAGCAGCUCUCCCGGAUGGCUACACGAUCAGGCCGUUGGAAAAGGCAGAUUAUGCCAAGGGCUUUUUAGAAUGCCUCCGAGAUUUGACAUGGAUGGACAAUGUCACCGAGCAGGAAUUCAACGAGCGGUACGACGAGAUGAGCGGGCCCCCUUACUACUAUCUCGUCAUUGAAACAGCAGGUCGGAUUGUAGGCACGGGUGCCGUGAUUGUUGAGAAGAAGUUCAUUCAAAAUCGCACCACUGUCGGCCAUAUCGAGGAGAUCUGCAUCUCCAAAGACCAGCAGGGAAAGAAGCUGGGAUUCCACAUGCUCAACGCUCUAAACUCCGUGGCCAAGAACGUGGGAUGCCGGAAAACGAUUCUCAACUGCAGUGAGCACAACAUCAAAUUCUACGAAAAGUGCGGCUUCGAGGUUUCUAGUACCGAAAUGAAGAGGGAGUUUAAGGAGUAAAGGGCCUUGACUAGAUAUCACUCUUCAC